UCAGUCGUGCAUCGGUGGGGGGUAUUUACGUAAACAAGCACACUCUUCUCCACACUAAACCACGUCUGCGUGUCUGUGUGCCUCCGCCUCUGGACCUGAGCAUUUUCCUCAAAACACAAUUCGAUUCGAUUAUCAUCUCGUCUUCGUCUUGAUCGCUGCCUUCUUUUCUCUGUGAUGUUUGCUUCGAGAAUUCUCUCGCGAGUUUCCCGCAGCGCGGGCUUACGCUCCUCUCUCUCCGCCGCCGGCGCCGCUCUUCCGGCGAGGAGCCAGACUCCGAUAUUAUCGAGACGUUAUCACUCCAUCGUUCACGAAUUCUCACAAAAGCUUGCUGCAGCUCAGGUGCCUCUUGAUUCGUUUCCACUCCAAAGGUUCUCUUUUUCUUCCUCCACCACGCCUGAAUCUAAUGAGAAGGAGAGCAACACUGAGGCCUCCUCCAAGACAACUGGAGAGAAAGCUACAGCUGAUGCAAACGAAUCAGGUCUUGAGUCGGAACCCUCCAAAGAUUCGAGAAGAGGGAAAGGUGCUAAACGAGGUGCAGUUUCUGAUUCAGAUUCCGGGAGUGAUGAUGAGGAGGAGUUGUCAAGGGAUGAGUUGAUGAAGCUGGUGGCUGAGAAGGAAGAGCUACUGUCUGAGAAGGAGGAAGAGAUUAAGCAAAUGAAAGAUAAAGUUCUUCGUACUUACGCAGAGAUGGAGAAUGUUAUGGAUAGAACAAGACGUGAUGCUGAAAACACCAAGAAGUAUGCCAUACAGAAUUUUGCAAAGAGCCUUUUGGAUGUGGCGGAUAAUCUUGGAAGAGCGUCUUCGGUUGUCAAGGAAAGCUUCUCAAAGCUUGACACUACGAAAGAAGAUUCGGCUGGAGCGACUCCACUCUUAAAGACGCUUUUAGAAGGUGUGGAGAUGACUGAGAAACAGCUAGCUGAGGUAUUUAAGAAAUUUGGUAUGGAGAAGUAUGAUCCAAUCAACGAGCCGUUUGAUCCAAACAGACAUAACGCAGUGUUUCAAGUCCCGGAUGCUUCUAAGCCAGAAGGCACGGUUGCUCACGUCCUGAAGUCUGGAUACACGUUGUUUGAUAGAGUUAUAAGACCAGCUGAGGUUGGUGUUACUCAAGGAGGAGAGAGCGAAGAAGACAAGAAAGAGUCUGAUGCUUAAAAAGAAGUUAGCUGGCUUUCAUAAGUUCUGCUACUGUUCUUUGUUUCGAGCAACUCAAUUAACAGUGUCAUAGUUUUCUCUUGUCGUUUGGUUUAUUCAUUGGCUGAACAAGAUCCCCCAUAAGUUGCUGGACAUGGCAUCUUGCAGGGGAAGUCCUGCUACGCACACUCUACCAAGUCUCUUUUUGAUAAAUUAAUCAGAGAUACAAACAAAGGUUUUACAUUA